GCUGCGCGAAGGGGGAAGGAUAGAGACUGGGCGGUUUGAAAAGGGCCUUGAGGGCGCUGAGAGGUCUGAGGGUGUCCUUUGACCGCCUCGAGGAGUCACGUGGGUAGGCCGGGGGCGGGGACAGAAAGGCUGGUUAAGUUGCUUCCGGGUCAGUGGUAGAAGCGUGAGCUCCGUGGGCUAGUUCCUCGCAACUUACUCUUGCCUGCAUAUUCCUUGUCCCAGAAGGAGGCGAUUGUCGUUUCUGCGAUGAGCUCACAGAAAGGGAACGUGACUCGUUCCAGGCCUCAGAGGCACCAGAAUACUUUUAGCUUCAAAAAUGACAAGUUUGAUAAGAGUGUUCAGACCAAGAAAAUUAAUGCAAAACUUCAUGAUGGAGUAUGUCAGCGUUGUAAAGAAGUUCUUGAAUGGCGUGUAAAAUACAGCAAGUACAAACCGCUAUCAAAGCCCAAAAAAUGCUAUUCAGUACUGACAUCUUCCUUAAAUGUAUUCCCUCUUCCUUUUUGGGAGGAAAUGUUAAAGUUUGGAAGUGUUAAAUGUUUACAAAAGACAGUGAAGGAUUCUUAUCAUAUAAUGUGUAGACCAUGUGCCUGUGAACUUGAAGUUUGUGCCAAGUGUGGAAAGAGAGAAGACGUUGUUAUUCCGUUUAAUAAAGAACCAGAAAAGACAGAAAAUGUUGAAAAUAAUUUACGUUCCAGCCAUAGAAGAAGCUGCAGAAGGAAUGAAGAAAAUGAUGAUGAUUUAGAUUUUGAUAUUGAUUUAGAUGACACAGAAGAAGAAGACAAUUAAUAUAACUAUAUUAAAAGUCAGUUUU